AUGGAUGCACCUCAGGGAACGCUUAUUCCAUCAUCAGAUGCGUCGCUUGGAGUGUUCAGAAUUGACCAAACGCCAAAAAUCACCGUCCUCCCAUGUGAUAUCAACGGCGAUGGUGUACAAGACCUCGUUGUAUCUCUUGUGGAGACGGAAUACAGGGGUGUUGACAUCGCAAUUCGCAUGAACUUCACAACAUUCCUCAACAACGGCAUGGGCGGCUUCUCCCAGCAGGGUGAACCUCAGAUAUAUUCCCACAUCACCGAGCCGGGCCGUGCGCCAUCAGGCAAAGGGGAAAAUGAGCUCCACAGCAACAAUUAUGUUUCCUUACUAUCCCAAGGUUCUUCAUCCGGUCUUAUCAGACCCCCAAAGUGGUAUCAUAUUGCUGAAAAGAGUCAACUGCCUAUGGGCGACCUAGAGAUAAUACCAGCGGAUCUCAACGGAACCUCUUUGGCCGAUUGGCUUUUCUACGGCAUUCUUAAUGAUGCAGUUACCGUCCAUCCAAUCUACAAUACCGGAAAGGUCUGCGAAGACUUUCUGUCAUCUGUUCGGAGCCCCAUGGGACUGUCCACAUCGUUCACAUAUGCUCCCAUGACCAACGCCGACAUCUAUGAGUCUGCUCUGCCGCGGUCGCUCAAUACUCAAUCCGUCAAGCGAGGUGCGCAUACUGUGAAAGGAUCGCCUAGCUACGUUGUCGCUGAGAUUCGGAGUACAAAUGAUCCAUCUGUCAACAGCAUCAAGUACAAUGAUAUUGUUCAGAAAAAAUACUAUGGAGCCCGAGUGAGCCCCCGAGGUUACGGCUGGGAAGGUUUCUCGCGUAUCGCGAGCUACCAUCCUCUAAGCGAUGACACCACGAUCGAUCAUUAUCAACAAUCUUGGCCGUUUACGGGAUGCAAACGACAGAUCGAUCAGAUCCAAGGCCGCGAGAAUGAUGGAGUGUUGCUCCAAUCGACGAAUAUCACCUAUGAAGAAAGAUCGCAGGAGCUAGGAGGCAAGAAAAUCUUCCGGGUGAGCAAGACUGCCGAGGUCCAGACUGGAAUGGACAAUGGAUUGCCUGCACGAUCAUUUAGUCGCACAUUUGAGUAUGAUGCUCAAGGGAAUGUUGCUUUGGAAUGCUCAAAAGAACUGGACGAGCACACUCUCUGGACGAGAUAUGAAUACACCACUGUUGGGUCUUCAUCUGGUCUCCCUACUUCAAAAAAGAUGUCCACGAAGGAGUUGAAUGUCAACAUGAGUUCAUUUGAGAAAGGGGACUUGCGUCUGUCGCUCUUCGAGUACCACUCAGAACAUGGAACAGUGAGUACCGCUCGAGAGUGGUUAUCUGAUCAUGCAUGUUUCGCCGAGCAACACUUCGAGUAUGACAUUUAUGGCAAUGAAAUAUUCAACAAAACCACAUCUGGGUUGGAGGUUCGGACCGAAUACGAUGCUAUGUUUCAAUGCUACCCUGUCAAGAUUCGCGAAACUGGGCCUGGUAUAGACCAUGUGCGUCUGUCAGGAUACGAUGCCCGGUUUGGUCAUGAGGUGGCUUGUCGUGAAACAAAAGGUGCUCUCAAGAUCAGCGAAUAUGAUGAGUCUGGCCGUUUGCUCCGGUCUGGAAACUCUGAAGAUGAAUCAAAUUGCCAGAACUCAGCUCAAGAAUUGCUGCCAGCCACCCACUUUAUUGCCGAGUCCGAGUUGACGACCCUCCUGUCAAGUGCACGGAUUUGUUCCAAUAAGUCCUUGCAAUACGAUCGACUCGAGACCCCUUCCAAAUCACAGUAUCUACGCACAAUGACCAAAGUUCACUUUCGAGAAGGCUUGGAGGGGCAGGAUACCGUCGAAGAGGCCGUGGAUUGCACUGGACGUGUUUGCAAGCAGCGCAAACAACAGGGAACCUCUCUCCCGGUAUGGCAGCACUUCGAGUAUAACACUCAAGGCUACCUCACAACCCAAAGUCUACCACAGAAGCGGGCUGAUAACGGAGCGUCUAACUGGGAUUUGAAUCCCACCCCGGAACAACAAAUUCGAUGCCAGUAUGAUUGCCUCAAGCGGCCCAUCAGCAUUUCAAAGCCCUCGCAUCAACAAAAUGGAAAUUUUUCUGUCGUCUCCCGCAACAUAUACCAAAAGGGAGGGUCCCACGUUGCUCACGUGGUGGAAAGAAUUCCUUCUAGCCUUGAGCAAGGACAGCCAGCAGCUACCAUUUAUCUGUCUCGAACGGAGAGCUUCUAUACUCAAAUUAAUGGAAGCGAAAAGCUAAGCGCCAAGAUAAACGAGAAGGGCGAGUGCACUAAGUUUACAUACGAUGCCAUGGGCCGGAUGGUGACCUCCACUGAUGCAGCAGGCAAAACUGAAACUCGGAGCUACAAUACUUCAGGAAAGAUCUUGGAAACCCAUGACCCAUACCGAAACGUGGUCAUUCGCACCUACAGCCCUUCCGGUGACUUGAUCGGUGAGCGCAAUAGUUUGAAUGAAUAUACAACUCAUGAUUACGAUGCCAAAGGUCGCCGUGUCAAGUCCGUCAAUGAAAAUGGUCGUGAAAUAUCAUAUGAAUAUGAUAGGGGUUGCAGAGACGGCCUCUCUCGCGUGAUCUUUGCAGCAUCAUCUGAUAGCCAGAUUAAUGAUGCAAGCUGGGAAUACCGAUAUGAUUCCCAAGGAAGAGUGACAAGAUCCAUUCUUUGCACUGGUCCAGAUGAGACUUUCUCUGUGAAUCUAUCAUAUGACUGGCAGGGUCAGGUCAUCUCCCGGAGCUUCUUUGAUGGAUCUUCACUGAAGACUUCUCAUCAAGGAAGUCGAGUCGGACGGGUUGCAUUUUCCGGCGACGAAUGGAACGUGGAAGCUGAAAUGCAGAGCUACAACGCAUUUGACAAGCCUGAGCAGUGGUCUAUUCAUGGAUGUGGCCUGAAGGAUUUCCAGGGAACAAUGCAAACGGACCAGGUCGGAUUCCCUCUUACAAAUUCCCUGCGCAAUUCAGACGCAUCGUUGGUCGAAAAUCAUUUCAUCUACAAUGAUCUCGAUCAGCUCAGUCGAGUUCAUGAGUUCAUCUCUGGAAAGACGUCGGACUAUACGUACGAGGGUAGCCGGCUUGUCACCUCCCAAGGCCAGACCGGGCCCUUGACCAAGUACGCCUAUGAUUUGUCUGGUAAUCUCACUCAGAAAGGUGAUAUGAUUCUACACACCAGUCCUGAAUGUAUGGAGGGAAAAAAUGGUGAGAAGUCAGUUGUUCGUGUUCAAUACGACGAGGCCGGUCAAAUGAUCUCGCGCGAGCUGCCGCAGCAAUCCAAGGCACAUUCCUUCUCCUAUGAUGGAUUUGGAAAUAUCGCCACCAUCACAGAUACAAUCAACGGGAAGACUAGCCACAUUCUAUCCGAUGGACAGGGCAAUACUCUCAUCCGAACUCCGGAGGACGGAUCCCGUGAGAUUCAAUUUACUCGCGAGUUCAGCUUGUUGAUUCGCCCAGAUCGGUCCCAACAACUUCGUCGUCGGAUGUUUGGUCCAGACAAGCGAUUGCUGGCCACCAUUAUGACCGAAAAGCCAUGUGAGAAAGAUCUAAAGACGACUCAUAUUGCUCGAGUAGCAUUCACAGAUGCUAAAGGCAAUGUGACACAUCUAUUUGGCAGCGACGGAAAGCUCUGCCACAGUAUGGAAUAUGAUGACUUCGGCAGUCUAUCGCCGUCUGAUGCUCCGCUGUCGUCAACUUACGAGGCUAACGCCAUGGAUGCCAAUACAUGCCUAAUUGACUUUGGUGCACGCUGGUACGAUCCAAUGGUCGCUCGUUUUGCGACACCGGAUGACAUAUUGGAUGAGAAAUCACUUUCGAACGUCGAUGGAAUCAAUCGAUAUGCAUUCGAAAACAAUGACCCAAUCAACCAUGUCGAUCCUACGGGGCACUGGGGCUCCAGUUUCUGGAGUGGUCUGCUUCUGGGUCUGACUUUAUUGGCAGUCGGUGUGGCAAUUGCUGCAACGGGAGGAGCAGGAAUUGGGCUCGCAGCACUAUCGGGUGCUCUGAUCAGCGGUGGACUGGCCGCGGUUCAAUACUCAUGGGAACACCGAGAGGAGAAAGACGCGGGCAAAUUCUGGGCAGGCUACGGAGCUACUCUGGCGGUUUCAUUUGCCACCGGAGCAGCUUCAGGAGCUUUCGGCGCCUACAUAUCAUCUUCAGCAUCGUUGACAACGAGCUGCAGUCGUGUGUUUGCCAAAGGUGCCGUCGAAGUCAUCAACAAGCCUGGGAAGAUUCUGGCCACCUUCGUCAUUGUAGCAUCAAAAGCACUCGUCAGCGGUCUCACUGGUGCAAUCGUUCAAAUGGGCCAGAACCUUAUUCAACGUGACAUCUACGGAGCGAAAGUUGGACUGUGGGAUGGAGUUGGCUCUGCAGGUCUAACCGGACUUCGGAACGGCGCGCUUACUGCUUUGAGUACCGCGUACUGGACAUGGAAAGGCCAGGAUCAACUCAAUCGCGUCACAGCAACAAUCAAGGGAACUUGGCAGUACGACGAUUGCUUGAAUCCGAAUGUCUUCAAUCCAGAGUAUGAUCACGUCUUCAAGCCAUUUGUGUAUACAGAUCCAGUGGCGAACAAUGUUUCAGCACAGGCUGGCAAGUCAUUCUCCAACGUGAACUGGGAAAAUCCAUUCGGUCGAUAG